AUGGCACCGGCUAUGUCGACUCUUUCGGACCAGGGGACGCAGUCGCGCGAGCGUCAAUAUGGACAAGAUGAGACGGAUGAUGUGGCAGUGCCCUCGAGUCCUCUUCUCGAGCCAAGAGCGAAGUCGCCAGCUGGGUUGAGGGCUCGGUUGGGCUUGAGUGGUGUCGCUCGGAGAACCCUUGGUUUUAGCCUGUUGCUAUUAACGGUGUUCUUGUGGACAAUGUACAACUUUAUCGCCAGUUACAUGUUCUCCGACGAGACGUAUAAUAAGCCUUUUUUCGUUGUCUACCUCAACACCUCAGUAUUCGCCAUCUCGUUGAUACCCAAGUUCUUCAAGUACCUACGAAAGACCGGCUUUCACGGACUCCGACACGAUGCGAACCAGCUUUGGAUCGAUUACAAGCACGGCACAAAUUACACCAAGACCAUGCAACAAACCGAAGACGAGCAGGCUGCCCAGAGCUUGAUAGCGCAGGGAUAUGGAAGUACGGGGAGUGCAAAUUCAGAGGAGAAUUUGACGUUCAAGGACACUGCUGUUCUGAGUUUUGAGUUCUGCAUGCUUUGGUUUCUGGCAAAUUACUUCUCCUCGGCUUGUCUUGAGUAUACAAGCGUCGCGAGCGUCACUAUCUUAACGUCGACGAGUAGCGUUUGGACCCUCAUUUUCUGCUCCCUUUUCGGCAUUGAACGCUUCUCGACAGCCAAGAUUCUAGGUGUAGGAGCGUCUCUUGCCGGCGUCAUUCUCAUCUCGACGGUGGACCUGUCUGGCAAGAGUGACGAGGACCGAGGGUCGUUUCCGCAGAAGUCUCCUUCGCAAACUGCUCUAGGAGACGCUCUGGCACUUUUGAGCGCCGUCAUAUACGGUCUUUACGUGACGGUGAUGAAGCGCAAGGUUCCGAACGAGGACAGGGUUGACAUGCAGAUGUUCUUUGGACUUGUUGGAGUCUUCAAUGUGGUUCUUCUGUGGCCUCUGUUCUUCAUCUUGCAUUGGACAGGUUUAGAACCAUUUGAAUUACCGCCAAACAGCACAAUCUGGGGAAUCAUUAUUUUCAACGCGAUAUCUUCAUUUAUCAGUGACAUUUCAUGGGCGCUCGCUCUACUCAUGACGACACCUUUGGUGGUGACAGUUGGCCUAUCUCUGACGAUUCCUUUGUCUUUGAUCGGCGAAAUUCUACAAUACUCACAAUAUUCGAGCUUCACCUACUGGAUAGGUGCUGCAGUUGUGUUUAUUUCAUUUAUCGUGGUCAGCCGAGAAAGCCACGAUGGGGAUGAUCUUAAAAAGCCCGACGAUCUUGAGAGGUCAGCGGGAGUAGAAUCGGUAUACCGAUCAUGA